AGGAUUUCCUGCUAUCUACCAGCUAAAGCUAAAAAAGGAGGAGACUGGACCUGUGACAAAAGUAACCUUCGGAUCGAGAAUCCCAUUCUGACAAAACUGAUUUCCACUUGUGACUUAAUCUCCUCAGGACAUCCAAAGAUCUAUCAACUGAAAACAGAAACGGAGAAGUUUGGAUCUCUGUCCAAAGUGACUUUUGGUACAAAAGACACUAAGCAGAAUAAUAAAACCAUCUUACUUGUUGGUGAAACAGGGUCAGGAAAAUCCUCCUUGGUCAAUGUUAUUUUCAACCAUGUAAUGGGAGUUCAGUUUGAGGAUGGGGUCUGGUUUCAGAUCGUAGAUAGGCAAGAAGGUGAAACACCAGAUGUGAUCAUAUAUGAGAUCUGUAGUUGUGAAGGUAAAAUUCUGCCCUAUUCAAUCACCAUCAUUGAUACUCCUGGAUAUGGAAGCACCAAAGGAAUCAAACAAGAUGACAUAGUCACUGGCAGGAUGCGUAAAUUGUUUGAGACAGAAAACGGUUUUCACAUAGUUCAUGCAGUAGGUCUGGUGAUGAAGGCAACUGAUAACAGACUAAGUGACAGAUUGAUGUACAUCUUUGAUUCGGUGAUGUCUCUGUUUGGAAAUGACAUGGAGAAAAACAUUGUGGCUCUCAUGACUCACUCAAAUGGAAGAACACCUAAAAAUGCUCUUCAAGCUCUUGAAGCUGCAAACCUCAGAUGUGCAAAAAAUGAAAACAAUCAACCAGUUUAUUUCUUGUUCAACAACCAGCAGAAUGAAGAUCGCACAGAUGAAGCAGAGUACUUUACAAGAGCUGAUAGAAUAUCAGAGAAAGGAAUGCGAGAGUUUACGGUCUUUGUUGAAAAAGUUUCACCUCAAAAACUGAAAAUAACAACAGAAGUGAUGAAUGAACGCAUCAGACUGACAGCCUGCAUCCAAAACCUGCUGGACAGAAUCAGACUGACUGAACAGAAGGAGACAGAAAUCAAACAGAUUCAAGAAGGACUCAAGAUGCAUGAAGAAGAGAUGGGAAAAGAGGUCACUAUACUUGUUGAUGAGCCCUAUGUUACUAAAGAAGGUAUCAAAGGUGGACAGAAGUGGCUAAUCUUCUAUCAAGGAGCUGUGACCUGUCCUGUCUGUAAGGAAAACUGUCACAAAGAUGGAUGCACCAAGACCUGGUUUCCUGAGUUCUGUGAGGUGAUGAGAGGAGGCCACUGCACUGUUUGUUCCAAAAAGUGUCCUGCAUCAGUUCAUGUUAAACAAACAUGGAUAUACAAAAACAAAACAAGGAGAGUUGAGAAGAGAAUACCGAAGAGGAAACAUGACUGUGAAAAUAAAACAAAGUUUGAGGACCAGACACGUUAUCUGGAAAACCUUGAAAAGGAAAAGCAGCAACUUCUGGAAGAAAAAUCCAAACUUGUGGAUGAGGCCUACCAACAUGUCAUUAGACUGGAGGAGAUUGCUCUCAAAGUUGAUUCAGUGUCUAUUAAUGUCCACUUGGACUUCCUGAUUGAGAAGACAAAAGAAAAAGGAGACACAAGCAAAGUCCAGAAACUGGAGGAACUGAAGAGAAAAGUGGAUGAAGGAACCAAAGCAGCACUAAGAUACAAACGAGUUUCUCAAGUGUAGUUUAUGAUGAGAAAUAAAUCUGUGAAAACAUUCAUUGUAAACAUUAAAAAGUUUAACCCA